CUAUUAUUUAAUGGUCGUCCGUAUUUAUUAUGUUAGAAGAUCACAUCCUCCAACUGAAUUCUUUUAGGAACCAACAUCCUUUCUAACAAAUAAGGCUAAACUGCAGGGCUAAGAAUACAAUUGAUAGAAGGCCGCCAGUUCCUUCUUUUCCGAGGCGCGCAUCAACCGUUACGCUCGAUCCAAAAUAGCGCGCCGCUUCCGUCGCGCGCCCAGCCAAGCCUUCGGACGGCCGCCCCGUGUUAUUUCCGAGCUCGGAAAGCCGGAGUCCGUGCGUCAAAAGAUGAGUCGCUCCUCUCAUUGGCUGUUCCGACGGAGACGCGUCGCACCCCAAACAUUGCGGGGCGUGACCAAUAGCCAAAGCCCGAUACGAAGAUCUCGAGAGAGUUGAUCUGAAGCUGGCACCGCCAUGUUGAAAUAGGGAGAGGCCACAGCCAGUUUAUGUCGUUCUUCGGAUUUAUUUUUUUUGUUUGUUUGUUUGUGAAAAGGAACGCGAAGACCUCAAGGAAGCAUUUGGAUCGACGCUUGUCUUAAAUUGAUUUGUUCCCUCCCAGAAAUACCGGUGGUGCUAAAGAGGCAGACGGAGGGGACGGCAACAAGAGGAUGGUGCAGUCCUGCUCUGCCUACCGUUGCCGGAAUCGAUACGACAAAGAGAAGCCCAUCUCUUUCCACAAGUUUCCUCUCACACGACCUGAUCUCUGCAAGAAAUGGGAAGCUGCUGUUAGAAGAAAAAAUUUCAAACCAACAAAAUAUAGCAGCAUUUGUUCUGAACACUUUACUCCAGAUUGCUUCAAAAGAGAAUGUAACAACAAACUAUUAAAGGACAAUGCUGUACCAACAAUAUUUUGCCACACAGAACCAAAUGUGAAGUCUGAAGGCACGCAAGAACCACCUGAAGUACCAACGCCUCCUUCUCCUUCACCUCCACCACCUCCGCAAACGUACCCAAGAUUGGUGGAUCCAAGCAUUGGAUUAUUGAUGCCACCACUUCACACUCCCAAUAAUAUUGCUGUGUUUUGUGAUCACAACUAUACCGUAGAGGAUACUGUGCAUCAGAGAAAAAGAAUUCAGCAACUGGAAGAGCAGGUGGAUAAACUGAGGAAGAAACUUAAGACUGCCCAGCAGCGAUGUAGGCGUCAGGAAAAACAGAUUGAAAAACUACGAGAGCUUGUUCAGUUUCAGAAGGAAAAAGACGUGCUGUCAGGCAAAGGUGGUUAUGUGAUUCUACCUAAUGACUACUUUGAAAUUGUAGAAGUCCCUGCCUAGAAGGCUAGCAUUGUCAUUUGUGGGACACCGCCAAAGUUAGCCUCAUCAGACUAAUCCA